UUCACUCUCAUCCCAGACGCCUCCCUAUAUCGUCGCUAGCUCUGCUGCUUUCGCCUCCGAAGACAGUUUCCGUCCGACGCUCGAACCGCUUCGAUGGCUCCCAAGAAGGAUAAGGGUCCUCCACCUUCCUCCAAACCCGCCAAGUCUGGUGGUGGCAAGCAGAAGAAGAAGAAGUGGAGCAAGGGAAAGCAAAAGGAGAAGGUGAACAACAUGGUGCUCUUUGACCAGGCCACCUAUGACAAGCUCCUCUCUGAGGCACCCAAAUACAAGCUUAUCACUCCGUCAAUUCUCUCUGAUCGUUUGAGGAUUAAUGGAUCGCUCGCAAGGAAGGCAAUUAGAGAAUUGAUGGCGAGAGGUGCAAUCAGGAUGGUAUCCUCACAUGCCAGUCAGCAGAUAUACACUAGGGCCACUAACACCUAGAUGUAUCUCACAUGUUUUUUCUUAUCUCGUAGUAGUCUUGGUGGAUUUGGCCAGGAAUUUUUGUUUUCCAUUUGAGACAAGUUCUCGUGUUAUAUUUCAUCAGCGCAGUUCUUGAUAUUUACUUAGUACAUGUUUUAUUUAUUUAGAUUUUUGCUGUGCCGUUUGCGUCGCAUUGAGUGAAAUGACUUUAUAUUUUAUUUUGGCGUCUAUUUUAACGAAGUUGGAUCACCAA